CAAUGCAAAUAUUUUUUUUUGCCAGAAAAUACAACAAACGAGGAUUUAUUUUACUUACAAGGAAAGAAGUUUGAACAGGAAACAAAUGUAGACACGCACGGCUCAGGUAACGACAAAAAAAUUAUCUUUGCUGGUUAUAUGGACUCCAGUAACACGCAUGAUGAAAAUCGUCCUUCGAAUGAUCCAGCUCAGUAUUCCAUUUUAUUUGAAGGUCAUAGGCAAUCCAACAGUGGAGAGCCAAGUCGAACCGCAUUAGAGGCGACGACAACUGAAAUUCCAAUCUCUUUGGCAACGCCAUAUCAGGUACAUUCAAAUGGCGACGCAUUAGAAAUAGUCAAUAGGGCCACCCAGUUUCACUCAGAUAAUGGGAAGAACGUUACAUCAGAGUUCGAUAACGAGCCGAAUCUUCCUAAAAUUAAAUCAGAGCUUAUAAAUGAGUCUACUGAAAGACCUCCUAAUGAACAGGAGUAUCAAAUUUCAACGACUGAAAGAGAGUUCAGAAUUGAAGAAAAACUGGCCACGGAAAUUGACGAUCCCAACGAGACAGGAGAAACCUCCAGCGACUUCACAACUAGUAAGCUUUGCUAUCAAACCAGGGGAACAUAUUUUGCCGUUAUGAAAUUUAUUCCUUUUUUUUGCAUUCAAGCUCUGGACUUAAUUAGCACAGAUGAAAUUCCCCCAGCUGCAUUUUUUAAACAAAGAGAGGAGAAAAAUGAAACGUCCAAAGAGAUGCUCAUUCUCUCGCCCCUCAUUACGGAUUCAGUCUUGACGGCAAACAGUUCUGAGGCGCAUGCUCUUAAAUCAGGUGACAGUAACUUUCAACUCAAUUUUAUUUAUUAA